AUGUCUCCCAACGCAAUCUCAACUGGUACUCAGGCCAAGCAAGAUGACUAUCUUGUUGGCUUGGAGCAGUACGGCCUUCAACAACCCUCCGCCCAGCAGAAGCUCACGCCCCUUGAUAUGAAUAUACCAAGACUUUAUGGAAUUCGUUUGGUCCUGUGCUUCCCAUUGACCUCUGGUGCGGAUAAAUUUCAGAUAUACGAGAAUCUGAAGAAGGGAUUGGGGCAUACCGUCACGUCUAUUCCGUGGAUUGCAGAAGUGAUCGGUCCAGAGGAAGGGCAGGAUCCCAAGGCCGGAAGGGUUCAGAUUGUCGACUCACCAAUUGGAUACAAGUUCCCACGAGCGAUGUCUGCUUUAUCCUCCUUGAAAGAGAAAAGCUUUCCUCUAUCCGAAUUCUCAACCGCGCAACUCGGUCCCAUUGACGUCAUGCCACAAGCUCAAGCAAGCUUUGUCGAUGGCGGUCUCUUACUUACAGUGGGAGUCUACCACCCCGUAUGCAAUGCUGCAGCUUUAGAUGCCCUCCUGAGCGCUUGGUCUUAUAAUAAUAGAAGUGGUAAAGAUGACAGAAGAAGCAUGAAGUUACAGGGGAAAGGUUAA